GGAGACUGUCUGAGCAGCGUGGGAGUGGCAAACCUUUCCUGGCCGUGGAGGAGUAGAGAGCCCUAAUCCGCGGCGGCGCCCAACGAUUACAAGCAGCUGGGCACCAUGGCGGACGUUGCCCCCGUGCUUACCGAGGCGAUGGCCGCUGAAGUUAAUGCCCUGAUUGAGGCCAACGUGGGCACCACUCUCGUGGCCGAUGUCAACAAUUACUUCACCGUGUUCUCGGGCUACCUGGUGUUCUUCAUGCAAGCCGGCUUCGCCAUGCUGUGCGCCGGCAGCGUGCGGUCGAAGAACGCCAAGAACAUCAUCCUCCUCAACAUCCUGGAUGCCUGCUUCGGCUGCUGCGCCUGGUACCUCACCGGCUUCGCCUUUGCGUUCGGCGACCCCGUGCCCUUCGAGCACUGCGGCGGUCUGGAGGGCCCUGCCCUGUUGGAGUGCGAGGCAGGCGACCCCAUCCCUGGCCUGUCGGCGAGCCAGGCCUUCAUCGGCAACCGCUUCUUUGCCCAGUCCAACCUGCCACGCUCCAGCUUCUGGCUCUGGUUCUUCCAGUUCACCUUUGCUGCCACCGGCGCCACCAUUGUGUCCGGUGCCGUGGCCGAGCGCUGCAAGUUCGAGGCCUACAUGCUGUACGAGCUCAUGAUUGUGAUGUUUGUCUACCCCGUGGUCGCCCACUGGAUGUGGUCCACCUGCGGCUGGCUGUCCCCCUGGAGGUCUGAGGCCACCGCCGCCAAGCAGUCGUACCUCUACUUUGCCGGCUCCGGCGUCUACGACUUUGCUGGCGAUGCCGCUGUGCACAUGGUUGGUGGCGUUGCGUCCCUGGCUGCCGCUUGGGUCCUGGGCCCCCGCAUUGGCCGCUUUGACGCCGCAGGCAACCCGGUUGAUAUGCCGGGCCACAAUGCCUCCCUGACUCUGCUUGGUGUCUUCCUGCUGUGGUUCGGCUGGUACGGUUUCAACCCCGGCUCUGCUGUUGCGUUCUCUCUUACCGGUUCCGAAAACUAUUCCAAGGUCGCCAUUGCCGUGGCCAUCAACACCACUGUGGGCGCUGCCGCCGGCACCAUUUGCACCCUCUUCAUCGCCAUGGCCUACCAGUAUUUCACCCUGGGUGUGGUUGUGUGGGACCUGAUCAUCGCCGGCAACGGCGCGCUGGCGGGCUUGGUGUCCAUCACCGGCCCCUGCGGCUUUGUCAACACCUGGGCGGCCUUCAUCAUCGGCGGCAUCGGGGGCUUUGUCUACUUCGUGGCCUCUAAGGUCAACCUCAAUGUCCUCAAGAUCGACGACCCCCUGGAUGCCAUCGCAGUGCAUGCGGGCUGCGGUGUCUGGGGCCUGCUGGCCGGUGGCGCCUUCUCUGCCCCCGGCAUGGUCACUGAUGUGUAUGGCACCAUGCCAGACGGCUCGCAACGCCCUUAUGGCUUCAUCAUGGGUGGAAACGGCAGCGUGCUGGCCGCCAACAGCAUGGCCAUCCUCGUUGUGUUUGGCUGGACCCUGGCUAUCAUGACUCCUUUCUUCAUCCUGCUCAAGAAGGUCGGCCUGUUCCGCGUGUCACCCGAGGUUGAGGCUCAGGGCCUGGAUGUCAGCCACCACGGUGAGUUCAGCGCCCUGUAA